CUUUCCAACAUUUAAUUUCGCGAAAUUCCAUCUCAAAAAGAUGUAUUUAAGAGUUAUUUAAUCUCGAGACUCUGUGUCGUACGGCAUAAUUCUCCGAAAAUUCGAUGCUCAAAAACAAGAGAAAUAUAUUUUCUUGGAAUUUUAUAACAUGAUACCCGAGCCGAGCCGAGCGCGAUGUCGGGGCCGCCCGAAGCGAGCCGAACGACCCCGAGCGACAGUUUCGCGGACGGAUUCGACGAUGUGCGUUGCUGUGCGGGAAAGAACGCGAAAAGUGAAAAUAUCGGCGCAAAAUCGAGCCAUCGACGGCUUGAAUCGGAGAAAUAUUCGUCCGUGUCCAUCAGGGAAUCGUUAGAUUCAACUUCCAGAGCUCAACGCGGUGUAAUUCUCUGAAAAUUCGAUUCUCGAAAACAAGAAAAAUAUUUACUUGGAACUUCGUAACACGAUAUCCGAGCCGAGGCCGCCCGAAGUGAGCCGAACGACGCCGAAGUUCGCGGACGGAUUCGAAGACUGUGUACAAUGUAGGUGUGUGCGGAAAAUAACGCGAAAAGUGAAAAUAUCGAUGGAAAGUCGAGCCAUCGACGGUUUGGAACGGAAAAAUAUUCGUCCCUCUUCAUCUGGGAAUCGUUAGAUUCAACUUUCAGAGCUCAUCACGGCAUUAUUCUUCGAAAAUUCCACAUCGAAAAACAAAGAGGACACAUUGAAAUAUGGCGUCUCGCGAGGCGAUGCCGACGCCGCCCGAAGUGAGCCGAACGAUGCCGAAGUGACAGUUCGUCGUAGAUUCGAAGAGUAGUGCGUAGGACGUGUGUGUGGGUGCGAAAAGUGGAAAUAUCAAUGCAAAAUUGAACAAUCGACUGCAUCGAAUGCGAAAAUAUUCGUCGCUGUCCAUCGGGCAAAGUGUUGGAUUUCAUGUCGCUAGCUUAUCGCGUCAUUAUUCUUCAAAAACUCGAUGUCUAAAAAUGAUGACAUUUUAUGCGUGGAUAGUAUUUCGUAUGCGAUAUUCGAGACGAGACUAGCCGAAUCGAGUCGAAGCUAUCCGAAUAUUCGCGAAAGUUUCGUGAACAAAUUCGAAAAGUGUGACGCGUGUUAUUACGCGAGAAAUAAUCCGGAAAAUCAUAUAUCGGUGCGAAAUUGUGUGAUCGAACGAAGAAGUAUCAUCGUAUCCUGCGUCAGUCGACUGUGAAUGUGUGAAUAUCAUGGAUUCCAGACGAAAUAAAGAAAUAAAUAAAUAUCUACGGAAGGCGUAGCGUCGAAGGAACUUCUCCUGGAAAUCGAUGCAAGGAUGAAUAGAUGAAAAAUUAUCAACAAAGAUGUCGGAUUUGCCGGAGACGUCGAUGCGCGCUCACGAGGAUACCGAGAGACGCUCGUCCUUCAAGAUGUCGAGGAGCAGAGAUCCCUGCUUCGUCGCAUCCUAGAGCCGGUAAACGUCUGCUGUUUCGAGUCGAACGACUCCGCGGUCGGAGACGGCAAGAAAUCGGCCUGGAUCAUCAUGGAUUGGACCCGAGGGAUCGGUCUGACCAGCGUGUUAUUGUUCUAUCUCGGAUGGAUCGGGGAAACAAACGGCCUGAGGAUGUUGCAACUGAUAGUGCCCAAGCACGUGGUGCUCGGGCAAAAUAUACGCCUCGAGUGCAACUUUAAUCUGGACGACGAGAAGCUGUACUCGGUCAAGUGGUACAAGGACGGCAACGAGUUCUACCGAUACGUGCCCCAGGAACAACCACCUGCUAUGGCGUUCAACCUUCCCGGUGUUACGGCGAUCAUUCACAAUUCCACUAAACGGACGGUCAUCCUUUCUUCCGUGAAUCUCAUGAGCACGGGACGUUACAGAUGCGAGGUCUCGGCGGAGGCGCCGUCCUUCCAGACCGUUUCCGACCAUUCGGAUAUGGAAGUGGUCGCACUGCCGGAGCACGGGCCCAUCAUCACGCCGCCUCCGCGAUCCGGGAAACAUCGUUAUCAAGCCGGCGACGUCAUGCGGUUCAAUUGCACUUCAACAAAGUCGAAGCCACAUGCCAUGCUCAGCUGGUUCAUCAAUGGCGAACCCGUCGAAGCGCAGUUCUUGAAGCCGCUCUUAACCGACGUAGACCGGGAGGGUCUAGAGACAGCCACGCUCGGUCUCGAGUUCCGUCUGCGCUCGAAACACUUCAAGAAGGGAGACUUGAAGAUCAAAUGCCUGGCGACGAUAUAUACCCUAUAUUGGAAAUCGAAUGAGCUCAGCAUAGAGGGCGAGAGGAUGAAGAUACCGGUAAUGGAGAGUAGGGAGACAAGGGCGCAAGGGCACACGCACGCCGAGCAUAUCCUAGCGAGCGGAAGUGUAACGCUGGCACGACCGUGCGUCGUUCUCGUAAUCAUGGGAUUACUGACGCUACGGUAAGGAUCGAGGAUACCAAUCGCCGCCCUUCAUGCUCAUCCUCUAGGCCUCGUGGAGAAGCCACUCACACGAUGUGACGCGAUUACGUAAUAAAUUAUCCAUGUUGUUUAUAUUUUUUAUAAUUGCAAUUAGAGUGGAGUUAGAAACCACGUAAAUAAUUGUAGGCAGACGAUACAUACUAUCUAUCAGUACAUUAAACUUUACUCGGAUAUGCGGAAAGUAAAGGGGGAGGGGGAAAGGGGCGAGAUUUCGUUGUAAAAAAACGAUGGAUUUUUGGUUUUUUUUUAAAGGCGAUAAGAAACAAUCCCCGAAACAUUGCGGCGACUUGGUCGUUUAAUUUUCGCGUUAUGUAAAUUACGUAUUUCUCGUGUAGUACACGAAGGAAACGACGAACAUUCUCGGUGUGUAUAUUCAUCGAAAGGCUACGCACGUCACAAUCGGUCGUUUAUCAUGAAACUUCAAAGUCGCGACUCUUUAUAUCGCUUGCGGCGACUCGUGCGUAAAGUGCAUAAAUCGAUUUCUUCGUAUGCACACGCACAUUACACAUACGCCUCGUCUGAAUAUUCGCUGUGCGAAUAGCACGUGUAUCUACAGUGCAAACCGAGACCGUGAUAAAUCUGCAUUUUAUCGAAUUUUCAUUAACUGCCCUGCGUCCGAAUUAUAGAGACAAUAGAGUACAAGUGCACUUUGAUUUGAUUUGCAAUAAUAUAAUAUAAUAACAAUUUAAAUAUAAUAUAUUCGAAAAAUUCUUCCCGCAGAAAAAACUGAUUGGAAUAUAAUUCACGAUAUUUUAAAAUAUUUUAUUCGUUACUUUCGAGCUGAUUCUGUUAAGUAUUUAUUAAAUAUUUGUUAAAGAGAUUUAUUUUAAAAUGUCUAAAAAAUAUGUCUACAAAAUGUUUCGUGUUUUAUCAUAAGAUUAAUUAUCGGUGUAUGUCGUACACGGCAUUCUGGACGGCGUGGUGUUUAGUUAAGAAAACGAGGGCGACGCGCUGUAGUUACACGCCGCUCCCGCGUGUGUGUACCCGGUAUAAAUCAAUAAAAUAAACACGAAUCGGCCCAGCGCAUACAUACCGAGAAGAGGCAGUGAGACGCGGCGCAAACAAAUCGUCGUUUCUGUUCGCCACCAUCCGUAGCCCUUAACGAUCUAGUCGCUAUUAAUCGUGCGUUAACGAGAUAAUGUCCUAGAAAUAAUUGUACGACAUGUGUGACUUGUAGCGUGCGUUUACCAAAGAUUUUUCGGACUUUUCACGCUAAGCAUUCCUAAUUGUUAAUUAUAUCACGGUGGCACGGUAUGUAGAGAGAAAUUUCGUAAGAGUAAAACUGCGACGUUCUUUAUCUAUGGUAGCUGUAAGGGCACACUCUUGUAAAUAUGUAUAUAUUAUAUAGAUAAAAUUAUAAGCCGGAGGGUAUAUAUAUAUACUUGUCUUUAAUUUAAUAUUCUAAAAGUGAAAUGCGCGAUGUAAAAUAUCGAUUUACAAAAAACUCAGACAUUUGAAUUCUAAUCUGUGUGAAAGGUAUUUUUUUUUAGUAAAUCGCGUAAGCUUCUCUCGAAAAUAUAUUGUACAUCAAUCUAAAAUAAAAUAAAAUCUUAACGAAAGACAUCGAGAGAGCAAUACUGAAUAUUUAAUAUUUUCGAUAGAAGAUGUUCAGAAUAAAGUACAUUUAUCCAAUCCACUUUUAUUCCAAAUGUAUCAUAUGUGUCCCGAUUAAUUAUAUAUAAAAAAGUUAUUGCUAAAUAUAUUAAAGAUAAAGUGUAUAUGUCUAUAAAAUAUAUAAUUCCUAUAAAUUUUUCUCUUUCCUUGAUCAUAUCUUUAAAACGUAAUUGUAUGGCUAUAAUGGGAA